ACACAUAGACCGCGGUUCUCCCCUUCUUCCCAGUCGUUUCACACCAUGAAGACCUUCGCCGUGCUCACCCUAGUGUCCCUUGCUAUGUCGCAAGCCUUUCUGGCUCCUACUCCUGCAGCUUUCGGGUCUAGCAGAUCGGGCGUGCGAUCCAUGGCGACUGGUGCCCGUAGCAUGAAAAUGGAGAAUUUCAACCUCCCUAUUGGAGAGGACCAGGCGGAAAAUGUUCCCUCCACCAUUUUGGGAGAGGCCAAUUACCGGAAGUUUGUCGCGUCCUACAAGCCCGAUGGCAUGAUCGUCGGCGGGGCGCGCUACCCUUUGUUCAGGCGAGUCUCGGAGCUUAAGCUGCUGUCUUUGACCGCGGAGACAGGUUUAUUGUCUCGAUUGGAAGAGCUUGGUCUCAGACUGAGUGACCUGGAGAAGUUGCUGCCUUUGGUGGAGGAGCUAGAGCUGUUAUCCUUGGCGGAGAAGAACCAAGAACUCAUCCUGCAGACAUUGGCGCCCAUUGCUAUCGAGCAAGCACCAGCACUCCUACCCAUCCUCACUGGAGUGCUUCGCACGCCUCCCGCUACCUUUUUUGCGGUUGCCGCCGCAGCUUUGGCGGCUGAAGCCGGGGUUGUGCUGGUCAGUGGGAACCCCCUUAUCGAUGUCUUGGCGGGGAUUCCUCUGGUGGGCUUGGCGGCUGUAUCGGCCGCAACAGGCACCAUCCUUUCCUCUGGCGUCCCCAUCCCUUCCGCCGCACCGAGGAGGAUCUCGUCUAGCGGUGGAGGCGCAGACGUGACGCCCGCUUUCAAGGUCGGCGGGGGCAAGAAAGGCAGAGUUAAGGCGGCUAAGGUUGUGGCGUCCGCGCCUGUUGCUGUCGCCCCUCCCAAAAAGUCGGCGGCUCCCGUCGUCCUCGGCCCUCUCUCUGCCCCGGCCAGGGGCGGGGCUCCCACAGCUCCUGCUGCCAGGCCCACCCCUUCUCUGAAGGCCAAGCCUGCGGUAAAGCCCGCGGUGAAAUCAGUCGCCAAACCCGCCGCUAAACCUGCCGUGAAGCUCGCCACUAAAGCUUCCGCGAAACCCGCAGCCAAGCCCGCUGCCAAGCCCGCUGCCAAGCCUGCUCCCGCCGCGAAGAAACCUCUGGGGAUCAAAGCAGCACCCGCGCCCCAAAAGGUAGCGGCUGUGGCAGUCAAGAAGGCUGCAACGGCUCCCGCGCCGGCACCAAAAGCAGUCCCUGCAGCAGCUAAGGCGUCUCCCCUCCUGUCUGCCAAGGCCCCCGCGGCGUCCGGCAAAGGUAGUUUGGCGAAUAUUGCCAAGAAGGUCGCCAAGAAGUAAGCUUUCCUUUGAGACGUGACCAGGAAAAGGAAAAUGACAAAAACCCAUGUGAAGAAAUUGUGGAGGGAAUGAAGGAUCGAUGGUGGCAGUGCCUGUUCACUCACAGCCUGAAGUCCUUGAAGUCUGAUGGAAAUUGGUUUGACUGCAUUCGUCUUCUUAUGGAUCAGAUGUCUGGAACGCAGAAAGAAUGAAGGGUAAGGACUGAAGAGCCGUGAGGAUGUUUGUCAUGUCUGCGUGGCCUCGUGGAUUGUGGGCAGGUUUGGGAAGGAUGGGAUUUUUUUGUAUGUGGUAUCUGUCUGGUGGUUUCAUAUGAAUCUGGCGCGGGUUAAUUACUUUCCUUAGCGUGUAUGGAGCGGAAGUGUAAGGGGAGAAGACGAUAGGUACAAGAAAACGCGGGUUUUUUCUUCGGUUAAUAUAUUCCAUGCAGCACAGCCUUGCAGCUGAGUAUGGAUGACAUGAAAACAGACCAUACUUUGACAAG